AUGCCGGCUGACUUCGCGUUCGUGACUGUCGGCAGUUCGGGACGGACACAGCCCACAGACCGAUCAGUAAUUCGUAGUCGAUGUAUGAUCGGUAAGAAUCGACAAGAAGGCUCGCGACGAUCCAAACAAGCUGCUCGUAAAGUGCAGAGGGCAGCCGCUCAAACUGCGAGCGAGAAUGCCGGGCUCCAGUCGCUUCAUCAUUCGGCUUCCCCUAUCAAGCCUUGGCCUUGCACCGCGUAUAAUGAGAAGCAGCAAGCUGAAGAACAUUCUCAGGCUCCGAGCACAGGAGAGGUCGCUCAAGAUGAUACCUCGGCUUUGAUGCCUCCGGUCCCUCAUCCGCCACCCAGCGACAUGUCUCUGAUUCGCUUCGCAGAAGAGUUGGAAAGGCCAUCUCAGGAAAUACUCUUCAGAUUGGUCAACUUCAAUGCUCUUAAGGGCACCUUCUAUCCCAUUGAGCACUGCGUCGACCUCCCUCGCAGCGCGAAUUCUGAAGCACUCUCAUUUUCUUGGAUUCUCCAGGACAAAAUCUUCCUACACAGCGCCUUAUUCUACUCAUCCGCCGUACAUGAACAUGUCCAGCGCCGUCAGCCAGGAAGAACGACACAAUUUCAUCUCAGACGCACAAUCAAACUCCUCAAUGAGGCGCUUUCUCAGCCAGACUCACAUCGUAACGAGGCAAUCUUCCACGUCAUACUCACUCUAGCCUUAAUGGCAGGUCUUUGGGGUGACUUCAGCACCACAGCCGUACACCUAUCAGGCUUACGGCAGAUCGUGCGACUUCGUGGAGGGCUCAAGUAUCUUCGAAGUCAUCCGAAGCUACAUUUUAAGCUCGAUCGCCUGGCUCUCUCAUGGUCUCUUGGCACGGGGGGUACGCCUUGUUUCUUCACUGCCCCUAUCAGCUGGAAGUCAUACUUUGAUGCGCAGUCGGGGACCCCAACUUGCGAGGCUGGGCCCUUCUCUUGCAAUGUUGUGAGUGACUGGAGGCUGGCUGUGGUAUGGCAAGACCUCAGACACUUGGUGAAUCUGAUCAACGAUCACCUCGCCUGGAAUUCGCUGCUUGACGGCUCGCUUUUCCAAGACUCCUUGGGAUCGAUCCAAAUACGACUCGUAAAUCUGCAGAACGAAAUCGAUGACCGUUCAGAUGAAUGCCUUCGGCUUGGGAUGUUGGCCUUUCUGUCAACCACAUUGCAAAUCCCAGGCGGCAAGUUUCCUUAUAACUAUCUCACUGAGAGUCUCAGAAACUUAUGCGAUACUACCGCCAAUAAAACAAUCGGAGAUGAGAACAUCCUGUUCUGGCUUUUGAUGGUGUGCGCGAUCUCAGUCUUCGAGGCCGAGGAGGCUUGGCUGCGGCCUCUGUGGUUGAAAUUAGGAGUAGAGCGCUUGUCGUGGGAAAGCGCACGAUCUCGGUUGCAGGGCGUCAUGUGGAUAGACAGAUUACAGGGAGAACUCGGCAGCAAAAUUUGGGCGAAGCUUGCUUUGAUAGAAUGGGUGUGA